AUGUUGAGUUUUACAUGUGUGGGUGGAAAUGAAUCUCGGUACAGUUGGCAGCAAUUUGGACUUCUCCUUUGUGACACGAAACAGGAGAAGUGCAUGGAUAAGCCUGGGCCCAAGCUGGACAGCCGAGCCGAGACCUGCUUUGUGAACUGUGUCGAGCGUUUCAUUGACACCAGUCAGUUUAUCCUGAACCGGUUGGAGCAGACGCAGAAAUCCAAGUCGCCCUUCUCCGAGAGCCUCUCCGACUGAGCGGAAGCCUUCCGUGGUGCUGUUUUACUCGUUUUGAAAGAAGGAGGAGGGGGACGCCGAUUUGAAUGGAAGAGGAGGAGAAAGAACCGAAGGAAGGAUUUUUAACCAUGAUAAGCUGGGAGGGAGCUUGGCCCCCACGUUUGCGAUGGACUUCAGGGCUUCCUGGUCACCUGGUCUAAUUCUGGUCUUAAAAUUCCCCACUGGGUGAACAUGAAUAACCAUGCGACAUCACACACCUGCUAUUUAACCCGGACUUCUGCUGUCCUAGAUUUUAAUUUUUUUUCUUUUCUUCCCCUGGAUAAUGGGAGCUUCAUAACCAGAAUGGUGGCUUGACUAUCUUUACCCAGCAGUAAGGUAGGGAAAGCACACUCCUUGAAACUUGAAAAAUGUUCUUUUUUGAGAUAAGGGGACUGGGAGGCCUGAGAUACUAACGCAGAUCCGGGGGGGAAAGUAGGGGUGCAAACGUGCCUUUCAAACGGUACUGUGCAUAAGCACGGCUCUUUCAAACAAUCCAGAUGUUGCUUGCUUGAACUUGCAGCUGAGCUAACCUUUGUAAAACAGAGGGGCUUACAGGAAUGAAUUUGCAAAAGGGCACCAGUAGAGACCCGUUGUCUUUCUUGAGGUGUUUUUUUUCCAAACCUACCUCAGCACAGUAGAAAGAAACACACACAUACAUACACACACACACACCCGCCAGGCCUGUGGCUGUUAAGAGGAGUUAUCGCUCAUGUGGUCCUGUAUGUCUCUUGCCAAGUACCAAAAUCAAAUCUUGACUUUCUACAUCAAAUUCCUUGCCUCCCGAUCAGUGGAAUAAAGAUCAAUUGGAUGCAUUUUAAGCUGUUCCGACUCGGUGGUCGUUCCUUUUAGUUCGCCGUAGUUCUGAUGUAGAGGGGGAUGCUUUUAGUAGCAAUUGCAUGUUCCAGAUUUCUUCUUCUUGUUGUGAAGUCAUGUCCGACCCAUCGCAACCCCAUGCACAGCAUUCCUCCAGGC